AUGUCUCUCCAAGCUAUAAGAUUUGAUAGAUCAAAUCCAUUGAAUGUUUCCGUCACGGUUUUGGAUCAACUUCUAUUGCCUUAUGUCACUAAAUACAUUCCCAUAAGUACUAUUGAAGAUGGUUAUACUGCGAUCAAAAGCAUGCAGGUAAGAGGUGCUCCUGCUAUCGCUAUUGUAGGUUCUUUAUCUGUAUUGAUGGAAACCCAAAUGAUGAGAACGGAUUUGUUCGCAAGAACCCAAACUUAUUAUGAUUUGAAUAACUGGCGUAACAUCAAGUUAAGAUUGAUUGAAAGAUUAGAUUGGUUGUUAGAAAGCAGACCAACUGCGGUUAACCUUUCUAAUUCGUUAAUGGAAAUUGGUCAUUUGUUAGAUGCAAGUGACGACUUAACAAAAUUCAACUCAAAAUUGUUCAAUUAUGUUUGUGAUUUAAGCGAUGAUGAUUUGAAAAAUAAUAUAAAAUUAGGUGAUAAUGGUGCUAAAUUCUUAUUAGACUCCUUAAAGGAGGAAAACUUCAGUGGAGAUUUUGCUGUCUUGACUAUUUGUAACACAGGUUCAUUAGCCACAUCUGGUUAUGGUACUGCAUUGGGUGUCAUACGCUCAUUAUGGAAGGAUUCUUUAGCUAAGGGUAACGUUGACAGUGCUACUGAGACUGGCGAACCCUCACAAAAGAAGGCUAAAAAACUUGUGGAUGUCAAGGCCAGCUUAAAACACGUUUAUCCGUUAGAAACUAGGCCAUACAAUCAAGGUUCAAGAUUAACCGCUUAUGAAUUAGUGCAAGAAAAGAUUCCAGCUACUUUAAUCCCUGAUAGUUCUAUUGCUUAUAGAAUCAAAACUAGUCCAUAUCCAAUUAAAGCUGCAUUCGUUGGUGCCGAUAGAAUUGUUUGUAAUGGUGACACGGCUAAUAAAAUCGGUACAUUCCAGUUAGCUCUAAUAUGCAAACAAUUUGGUAUCAAAUUUUAUGUAGUGGCUCCAAAGACAACUUUUGAUAGUAAAACUAAAUCUGGGGAAGGUAUUGUCAUUGAAGAACGUAAACCUAAUGAAAUGAAAUUGGUGACCGGCACAGCAAUGGAUUUCAACCUUGAAACUCCGUUAUUAGAUGAAAACAAAGAGCCAAUCACAGCAAAAGUAGGCAUUGCACCAAUUGAUAUCAAUGUUUGGAACCCAUCUUUUGAUAUCACACCACAUGAAUACAUUGAUGGUAUCGUCACUGAAAAUGGUGUAUUUACAAAAGAUUCUUCAGGAAAUUUUAUUUUCACUGAAGGACGUUAA